GUCCAUAAUCCUCUCAUCCUGAAAAGUGUUAUUUUUGAGAUAAUUUAAGUUGAAAUUCUCAUACUGAUGCUUAAAUUAGGCAAGGAUACAUAACAGAAGAUCAUUGUUUUUCAAAAUAAAAGGAUGUCGAUUCCUCCUCUGGUUUGUAGUACUCCUCCACCACCUGAACAGUGCGAGGACGACAAAGAGCCCGAAGAUUUUGAUUUGCAAUAUAGUUACUCUCAAGAAGAAGACGAAAGCAAUGGUUUUGAAUUUAACAACUUUUCAGCGUAUAAUAUCCACACAUCUGACAACAAUAAAUUACCUAUUCUAUUGUCAUCAACAAAUGAAAAUGUAGAUGUGACAUGUAAUAAAGCAAAUAGUUGCAAAGAAAAUGAAGACAAAGAAAGUUUAAAUCAUAUCCCUGAAUUACCACAUGAAGAUGAUAUUCAUAUAGAAGAUUUAAAUUUAAUAAUACAUCAAGAGCCUACUAAUAGCAAUAUAAAAACUAAUCAAGAAAUUAGUGAAACUGACUCAGAUGAUAAAAUUGAAAAAGACUUACAAGUAAACAUUCCAGAUGUAUGUAAUAAUGAUAGUGAAAGUGAUAAUAAAUUAAGUACUUUGAAUGAAGAUCAAAGUGAUAAAUUUGAGUCUCCUUCCCAAGAGACUAUAGAACCACAGUCUGAUAAUAUUGUAACAAAAGAAGAUGUCUGUAAUUUAAAUUGUGAUAAUAAAAGUACUGAUUUUGCAAUUGAAGAAUCAAUAGAUAACAGCAGUCUAAAGAAAAUAGAUGAUGAUUUUGAAGACUUUGAUGAGUUUAAAUUCAUCAAUGCUGAUCGUAAAUCUGAGAUUUUGGUAGAAUCAAAUGAUCCAUGGGGAAACAGUGCUUCAGAAGAUAUUGAAUUUGGUAAUUUUACUGCCAACUUUGAUAACAGUGACUGUGCUUUAUCUCAAUCUAUAUUAAGGGAAGAAAAGUCUUCAAUAACAAACAAACAAGUAGAAGCUGAAAUUGGUAACAGUGAUGAUGAGUUUGGAGACUUUGAUGAAUUCAAAUCAUCUGCAACUGAUAAUGGGAAAAAUAUGGAACUGGUGCAAGAACAGAUAGUGCAAAAUCAACAAGUACCUGUAUUGAACUUUCAGUCCAGUAAUGAAAAUCAAAUUAUUGAAACUAUAAAUAAAGUACUAGAAUCAAUAUUCCCAGAAGAAAUUUCUGACUCCGGAGGUGGUGAUAACUUUCAAAACAAACUCGAUAUCUCUUUGGGUGAAACAUGGAGUUAUUUGAAACAGACUGAUACUAGACAACCUUAUAUGGUGAACUGGAACAAUUCAUUAGCUCAGAAGACACUUUUAAAAGCUCUGUGUAUUGAUUCAAGAAAUAUUUUAUUUGGACCAAAAUGGAGUUUUAAUACACCUAAGUAUGCUGCAAAUUUAAGUGCAGCUCCUCUCCAGCCACAGAAACAGGCGACACAAAAUACAAUUGCUUCACAACAGUCAACAGAUUCUGACAAAACAGUUACCAAGUCAUCUUGGGUGGAUCCUUUUGCAUCUGAUGGGCAGGACUCUUGCAAUGUGGAAAAUGAAAGUAACGCUGCUGAUUCCCGCCCAGUUGAUUUAGAUGUGUUUGAGGCCGCAACAUCAACAAACGCUGAUAAGGUUUAUUCAAGUACUUUAAGCAUACAACCUAUUCGGCAAAUUAAUUUGCCAGAUACACACAUUUUCACUCCUACUGAUUCAGAAACCCCGAGAUCGAAAACUAUACACUACGAUAAUAACUCUUCACAUAAUAUACUACUACCUCAACCGAUUCUCUCUACUGUGAAAACUCAGCUUAAUGAUUUAGCAUCAAAAUCUAGUGAUUUACAAAAUAAUGAUGAAUAUUGGGAAUUCCAAGAAUUUAAAAGUAAUUCUGAUAUUACAUCUCCUGUCUCAAAUACGAAAGCAGAAGAAGGUAAUAAAAACCCUCUUCCAAAUGCUAACUACAUUAUUGAAACGCAAGUUUUACAGCCUAUUAAGAUGGAACCUAUAAUGCCCACAUUAAACUGGCCAAAUCCUGGUGAGGUCAAAGAAAUUAUUGAUGAUUUCUCAGAUUUUGUAUCCAAAUCGGUGCCAAUAAACGAGAAGCAAGAAUGCUUGUCAAACAAUGAAAUUGGUAAUGUCAAGAACGAAAACAAUUUAAAAGAUUCAUCUUUGAAAAAUAGUGAACAUGUUGAAGAUGAUUUUGAUAUGUUCCAAUCAGCCUUACCAACCACAAAUCAAAAUACAUCAAUGCAAAAAACUGAUUUUAAUCCAGAUUUCCGAACAAUGGAACAACUAAAGUCUGAAAACAUAUCAUUUAGUACUACGAGACCAACUGAAAAUAUUAUCCAGAAAAUAGGUAAUUCAUCAAAUUUAAAUGAGCUUAAAAGUAACACACACCCAUCUGGAACACAAAUACCUAAUAGUAAUAUACUACAACCAAUAACUGUAACACCUACAACACAACAACCUCAACAAAAAGCUGGUCAAAUAUUACAGCCCUUAUCAUUGGAGAGUUAUUCACAAAUUAAUUGGCCGAAUCCAGGCUUAGAUUUACAGGAUUUAUCAAGAUUCAAUCCCGUUGAAAGUCUUCAAUCAUUAAAAAGUGAUUCAAGUAAUCAUAGUAAAAAUUCAUCGCCUAUUCAUAAUCAGAAAAUGGUACCUAAUAGUCAAACAGAUGAAGACAUAUGGGGUGAUUUUGUUUCGAUUAAGCCUAAAACACAACAAACACUGCCUAAAAAGGCACCCGUAUUCGCCGAUGACGACGAAUGGACAGACUUUGUAUCGAGUCCAAGUGUGAACUCGCAAAACGGCUUAAAUACAAUCAGUUUAAAUGUAGAUACUAAUUCUAGCUUUCAAAAGUCAUCUCAUCCUAGUAAAUAUCCUAUGAAGAAUAACGAUAUUCCACUUGACAUACCUACAUUGAACUACAUCACACCUAAGACUACUAAUCAAAAGUCAUACAAUGAGAGGCACUUUCAAAAUUUAUAACAGCACAUUUAUGAGUUGAGCUCCUAUAUAUGUACUUAGCAUGUACAAAACUGUUAUGUAAAUAGGGUGGUGGUUGUGUAAGUGUAAUGUAAUAUUUUUUAAAUAUUUACAUCUAAUAAUCUAUAAUUACCAUAAAAUCUCUGUGAAUUUAGAAUAAAAAUAUGUACAUAAAUAGUUAAAUUAGUGUUCUUACUAGUUAUCGCGGACAGAUAGUAGUGUGGGAAAUUUAAAAUAACUUCAUUUUCUAUGUAAAUAAAAUGUAUUAUGUAUGAUAACACGUCAGUUUGGAU